AUGUCAUUUAAUCCUCAGACGCCGCAGAGCCCGUCGCACUUCUCACCCAGUAAUUCUGAUACCGUUUCGGGUGUGCAGAGCACCAUGACCUCUUUCACCACAGCCCUGCCGACUCCGGCGCAUUCCAUCAACGGAACCGCCCUGCCUUCCGACUCGGCCGUUGACGUCAGCAUGGGUGGUGAGUCCCCUCACAAGCGAAAGCGCGUCCAGGAGGACGUCGGAGAGCAGGGCCAGAAUCAGAAGAGGGUGCACAUGGACGACGGCCUACCAGCCCUGAAGGAUAUGCAUGAGGAUGUCGGAGAGAAGUAUCUGGUCUUGCAAAAGGCAUGGCAGCCAGCCAAGCCUUUGCUCUCUGAUGACGUUUUUGAGAUGUACGAUUUGGCCAGCCUCGCCGGGGAAGUCGCUCGUGUGUUGCCCGACGGAACUAAAAACGCCAUGCGUAAGACGUACAAAGGCCAGAUUAAGAAGCUCGGCCUCAUGGGACACUUCGACCCGGUGAAGAAGGAGCCAAACGACCCCGAUGGGAUCCUCAGCCUGCUUUCGGUACCAGCUGAGGAGUUCGCCGUGCACUUCGUCCGCGGCAGAGAGAUCGAGGACGGCUUCCGGCCAGAGGUGCAGAAAGUUCUCAAGCAAGCCACUACCAUGGCUCGCGGCACUAUUUCUAGCAAGAAGUGGGAUCAGGGGGUUUUGGGCGACUUCGCGGGAGGAUCAAAGGGCCCGACGUCAGCAAAGGCAACAGCGCCUGGCACGCCCAUGCACCCUGCGGCCGGUGGCGUCCCCCGAACCAAGGCCCAGUCCGUCGCGGCUCAGGAGGCUGCCAGACCGCGGAGGGCCAACAAGAAGAGAAGCUACGGUGACAGCAGCUUCGAGGGCUACGGUGAAGUGUAUGACGACGAGACGGGGGCAGAGACGGGAUACUCGACGGGCGAGGGCGAGGGCACCAAGCGCAGAAAGAAGAAUGCCAAGUCCUUCCAACAAAUUGGAACACCCCGUCAGUCCUACGGGCCUGGCAUGGUUGGUGUCUAA